AUGGGGUGGCAGGAUGAGAAGGAGCUGGAAGGCCGGAGUGGGGACCCCCAGGAGGAGGAAGAAGAGCUUCAGGAUCCUUUAACUCCUGUCAGGGAGCAUUGUGAACAGACUGAGAAAUGUUUGAAAGCUCAGGAACGUUUAGAGGAGUGCAAUGCUCAAAUGUCAUCUAAGUCCCAAACAGAGAAGUGUAUAGAGGAACUCUUUGAUUUCUUGCAUGCUAGAGACCAUUGUGUGGCUCAUAAACUCUUCAGCAAAUUGAAAUAAAUGUUAAUAUAAGCCUGUGUCCUCCUCAUGCAUAGCCGAUGAAAACCUGAGUCUGUUCGGUUUGAGUAAACCUGCAGCUCUGCACCCGUGAUAUGAAAGCGAAUGCAACUAGCUCUCUGGUAAUUCUGAGAGAAUUUAAGAGUUGCCAGCAGGAUACAU